CCUUGCUUUCGGCUUCCGUCUCGAUCAGCAAAAGACGCCAGGCAUCGAGGUAGUUCGUUCCUAGGGCCCCAAAGCUCUUGGUGGCUUCGGCCCAGUUCUAGUUAUGGCCCAGAGGGUCUCUUUUGACCACAACUAUUACUUUAUGGAGUGUGAGGAGGAAACAAAUGCUGGCGUCCAGGCUCGGGCCGUGGCCUCCACCUCAACCAUGGAGGCCUCAGGCGCUAUGGCGGUGGCGCAGGCAGGGGCAGCGUGCAGGAGCCAUGCCAGUCGAGGAACCAUAGGCUAUGACACUGUGUAUGAGCCAAAUGUCAAGGGUGAUCCGAAACAGGAGAGUGAGAGCGACACGGAGGAGAGUUACGAUGAUGAAGAUGAUGAUGAAGAUGAAGGUGAUGAAGAUGACUUGAGCACCAGCGACCAGGAUACUUCAGAUCCUGAGCAGGAGGAGGCAGCUCUUUUUGUGGCUGCUGCUGCUCCUCCAAUUGCUCCUGCUGCUGCUGCGAUUCAGAUUCCGGGCCCCCACCGUUCCCGCCGACGCCGACACCGACGCCAUCGGCGUAGCUCCCCAUACCUCUUCACGCAGUGGCAGGUCGAGGAAAUGGAAAACCUGUUUGAAGAGACCCCGUACCCAGAUGUGCUUACAAGGGGAGAGCUUGCAAGAACUUUGAAUGUGCCUGAAGUCAAAGUGAAGGUGUGGUUUAGCAAUCGGAGAGCCAAGCAGAGGAAGAAUGAGAGACGAGCAAUGCUGAGAAAUAUGCCAUCUGGUGCUGAAGACUUCAUUUUCAUGACGGAUGUGGAAGAGCCUUGUUAAUGUGCCAUCCUUAUUCAGAAGACAAAGGGCAACUUAGUGACCUAUGUGCCCAAUGUCAGGCUUAACUAUUCAGCAUGCACAUUACUAAUAAAAGCAUGAAUUUCCAUGUUGCUUAACUUCAUGUGUGUUCUGGGGCUUUGUACGACAUGAUGUAGGCUAUUCAGGAUGUAGGCUAUUUAAG